GCCACCAGCACCACCACCCGUUUCUUGAAGAAAAUACCCCAAGAUGAACACAAGCAAGAGGAAAGAUAUUGACGAGGCCUACGCCUUACAAUCUCGGGCCGCCGUCGUUGGCGGGGCACGAUACCUGUUCCUCGGUCUUGGACUAGCGACACUCGGCCAUUACACUUGGCCCGCAUUCAGGCGACAAACGCUCGCGCUCAAGGGGUUCCUCGUAACAGGAUGCGCUAUCUUUGGUAUGGUCAUGGAGCAAGAAACCGCCUUGCUAGCAUAUGAGAGCCAUCGAAGAAAAGAGGAAUCCGAGAUCAGGAGAGCCGCGCGCAUCGACUUAGGUCGACGCGGUAUCGUCCCGACCGAAACCGCCAUAGCAAAAUGGAAGGCGGAUCGGGAAGCAGCAGUAGCUGCUGCUGCCUCUGCUGCAUCAGACGACAGCACUACGUCCUCAUGAGAGCCGCCACUACCCGCCCCCACCUAGAUGAUUACCACACCACUUUCUGUAUACGUUCCCGACUUAUGUCCAACAAGGAGUAAUCAUCAUAUUGGUUGUUCA